AUGGGCCCCUCCUGCAACCCUAACGUCGCCGUCAUGCUCGAGGGCCGGUCGCUCGCCAUGGGCGCCAAGAAGCUCUCCAUGAGCUGGUGGACCGUGAAGGACGCAUCUGACCGGGAGAACGGCGACGCGCGCUCGAAUCUGUUUCUCGACGACGAUCCGUGGAAAUGCGACGCGAGCGACUCGCACGGCGAUUGCCCUGUGCGACGAGCCGACGCCGUCUUCGUGGCCGCGGUACGUGGGGAGUGGAGGGCUGCUGAGGGCUCUGUGUCGCAGCGCUUGCACGCGGUGUGCGCGGCGUAUGCGCUGACGGCCGUCACCAACAUGCCAACGCUCGCCCUCUGGCCCGCCGACCGCCACCUGCCCGCCACCACCUUCCGCCACCUCUUCCGCCUCGCGGGCGACCCCGCGCCUUCCCCCUCGUCAUCCCGCGCGCGCGGCGAGAGCGGGCGCGAGGGGAGCGUGUGGGUGCAGGACACGCCCGCUGAGGCGGGCAUGCUGAGGCGCGCGCUCAAGGGCCGCCGACGGGUGGCGUUCAAGCCGUGCAAGAACUCGACGGACGGCCAGUCCGCCAGCGGCCUGCCGUUCAAGGUCUUUCUGUCGCCGGCCGUGCGGGAGAAAUCCACCGGCCCCCUGCGCGUGGACGCGUUCGCGUUCGAGCGCGAGGUGGACACGUGUCUGGCCGCGAUUCGCCCGUCGGCCGCCGUGGCGGCAAUGGUGGUGGAGGAGGACCUCGCGCGCGUGGCGGCGUCGAGCGCUGUGCUGGUUGACGUGAGUGCGCCACCUUCCUUUCCCUUUCCUCAUUUCCGCUGCCCCCCUCCUUUCCCCUGCACCCCUCCUUUCCCCCUGCACACUGGCAACAAUGGCACCUCUCUCCUCCUCGCGCUCUUCACCCACCAGCAUCUGACACAAGGCGUGUGCUCCGGGUGCACCGCCAACUCCAACCGUUCUGCACCGCACUGCACCAUGCGCCGAGUCACAAUGGAGUAUCUAUACGACCCAGCAGUGAGCUUCACAGCGGGAGGCCUCAACACGUCGGACCUCACGGUUCUCAGCAGCUACUUCAGCCCUCUCAGAACCCCUCUCGUGCUCAAGAGCACCCAGCAGCGGAAUGCGUCGUGCCGCGUCGGGGGAGUGGAGGGGAGGGAAGAGGGGGAGGGUGAGAGGAGGGAGUUGGUGGAAAGUGGGGAGGAGGACCGGGUGGUAAGCGGAGUGAAUGGGAGCGUGGUGGCGGCAGGAGGAGGUGCAGGGCUGGUGGUGCAACGCGGGGCAGAUCGAGCGCUUGGGGCGCAUGUGACGCGGUGUAGCCAGCUGCAGGUGAGUUGCCAUGCACCAGGGCGCACGGUUCUGAGAGAUCUCGUCUCAGGAGGGAACGAUGUGAGGGACCAAGGGAGCAGCGACUUGAGCAGUGGCUCACUCACUCAGCUUCCGUUGUCCGUCUGCUUCACUAUUCUAGAGCUCUUCACGCUCAGCUUCGCCCGCGGGCUGCUGGCAGUCAACCGGUCCUCCUUAGAAGCGCGCUUCGUUACAGCGCAAGGCCGCGCGCGGUCGGCGUCGUUUGGAGUGCACCGGUCGGUUUGUGAGUCGGUGGAGCUGCGGCCAAUCACGAAGCAGAAGUGGGCCAUGUUCACCCAAGUGGAAGGUAAGAUGUCGCCCACUGCCUUGCGUGCAGCUCACCAGUGUUCACAUCUCACCACUUUCAGCAAACGCUGCAUGGACCCUCACCAACUCUCACCAUGCAUCUCAUAUCCCACCCAACCGUUCUCCCUUCUCUCCCAAUGCAGAGCACCCCACGCCCCUCUCUUGAAAAUUCAAAGCUCAAGUGCUCCACUCAUCAUGCCCGUUCCAUAUCCCUUGCCAUUCUUUCUCGCAUUCUUUCCGUGCGCCCCUCUCACAGAGAAGCUCAAGCUAGUGGUGUGCACGAUGCCCAAGGUGGCGGCCAACUCAUGGCUCAUGUGGCUGCGCGCCAUGCUGGGGCAGCCGCACCCCGAGGACCCCAUCCUCGCGCUGGACCCGCGGCGGUCGGGCUGGCACAUGCUGACGCUGCACUUCACGGAGCAGCAGGCGGUGCAGCAGGUGACCCGGCCGGACUUCUUCAAGUUCACGUUCGUUCGCAACCCCUUCUCACGGGUCCUCUCCGCCUACUCCAACAAACUCGUCAUCACGGAUGCGCCCAACAACAAGACCGGCCCGGGCUCCCGCGAGUACUGGAACGAGGUGAGGCACAUGGUGCAUGCCAGGUGCAGGGAGUCUUGGAACGAGCAAUUCUUCAAGUACAUUCGGCCGCAUUGGGAGAAGGUGAAGGGAAAGGACGACCUGGUGUCCUUCCCUGACUUCGUGAAGCUCGUGGCGAAGCUCAUGCAGAACCACCGCUGGCGCAUGGACCGCCACAUCGCAUCCCAGUCGGACAUUUGCUUCAUGGACAAGAUCAAGUACGACUUUGUGGGGCGGUUUGAGAAUCUGGAGGAGGAUGCCAAGUAUGUGGUGAACCGAUUCGGAGGCGACCAUCUCGACAUCUUCAACUUCGGCGUCAACGCGCACCAGACCCGUGCCGACGAGAAGCUCGCAAAAAAAUACGACAAGGAAACAUACGAGUUGGUGAAGCGAGUGUUUGCGCGCGAUCUACACAUCCCUCUCAACAACAUCACUCAACAAGCCCCCUCUGUCCUUGUGGAGAUGUUCGAGACAAAAUAA